UAAUGUCUGAGCCUCCCUUUCCAUUAACUGGACAAGAGCUGUUGUUCAGUCCCAUUUUCUUCUUCCUGCAUCUCCCAGGAGAUUUUCCAACUGCUCAGACUAUCAGUAAUGAUCCCUUCUGCUAUGAUGAAGCCCAGCCAUGAAGGAGGGGAUAUCACUAAGCCUGGGAAUCCCAUUCCCCUACUGACUUCUGCGUUCCUGCUACUCCCUUUUUUAUUCUUCAUCUCUUAAACGGAUCCUUUUCUGUUUCCCUAAUUCCUCUCAAAGUGGUUACCCUUUUCUUUCCACGGACUUAGCAGGAAGUCAGCUCUUCUGCAGCACAGUAGGCUCUGCUGGUUCUGCUGUCUCCUAGCAAGGGGUUCUGCAGCUGCCUUGUCAUGGGAAGAUGACACCACAAUGACAUCUUGCCUGACUUAAGUGCCUGCCUGGACUAAUGCCAUGGAAAGAUUCAGGUCUGAUAUGACCAGAUGGCCCUAGCCUAUACAGUAGUGCAGGAGCUGCUUUAUUUAAUGCCACAUAAUACCAAAUAUUUGCUGAAUGUGUCAAAUCUUCCCUAGCACUGCCAACCUGGCUGCAGGCUUCCUCUCACCUUGCUGCCUGGGAGCUGCUCCCUGGCUCCGGCACCCCUUCCCCUCCAGCUGGGAGGAAAUGAGCCACCUUCCAGGAUCGGUGUGUGGCCAGAGGCCAGAUCCUGCCCGAGGAGGGAGGGGUAGGACCUGCACACCGGCGCGGCUCUGGAGCCUCUCCAAGAGCAGCAGCAGGUUUGCUGGGACGCCACCCUGCUGGGGAAUGCACCUGCCCGGGCGAGAGGUGAGGGCUCGCAGCCCAUCCUUGGCGCUGCCGCGUCGCACCGGGACGGGGAGCCGGCAGGGGCACCGCACCUGCUUCUUGGCAGGCAGCUGCAGGAGGAAAGGGAGGGAUUUUCCCCCUGGGCUCCCUCGGUAGCUGGAUCCAGUGGAAGGAAAGCCAGGAAAAAGCAUCGCUGCCAGCCAGGAGCAGGAAGCUGUGCCGGGUUGUCGCGUGUGGGCAGCAGAUCUUGCUGACUCUUCCAGUCUCCAUGAUGCUCACAAAGUCCACAUAAGGCUGCAUAAAACUCUUCCAAGGCUGGAAGUACAAGGAAGCACUGCAGGAGCCUGUCCCACCCCCAGACUUCCCCUCCUGAAUCUUGUGGACUCACCCAUUUGAUGCUAAGGAGGAGAUAAGGCACCUCUGUGCUUGGAGAAGGAAAGGCAGGAGGAAGCAGUGUUUAGCACCAAGCUGAUUUGCAUAGGCUGGGAAACAACUCUGGACUCAACAUCUUCUCACUCCUCUGCUUUGAAAGUGGCCCGUGACAUCCUCACCUUCUCAGGGACCCGUGUCCUGGGCACACGUGGACAGCACAAGAUGAAAGGCACAGGAAAGGAAGGACACAGCCCCGGUUAUUCCCUUAUGGUGCUGCUCUGGGAAUGCUCCACUAUGUUCCACAGCCGUGCCUGGAUGGUGGGCUCAAUCUCAGCACAUGGACCGUAGCUCUCCAGGUGGCACCACUGCAGAAGGAAACUCCAUGAGGAUCCAAAGAAUGAGACAGAGACAUCACUGCUUGAGAAAUGUAGCUGCCUUCACCACUGCUGCUGCCUUGAACCUCCACUUUGCCAUAAGGGUGUAGAUUCAUCUGUGCAACCACCCCACUGUGCCCUCCUCACCCAGCUGACCACCAUGCCAGAGCUGGCAGAGCUGAGCAGCCCCCGCACCCCUGCAGAUGCAGACCACAUCCAGAGGAACAUCCUGGAGGAGCAUGUGGAGCUCUGGUGGUUCCAGGACCCCAAAAAGUCCAUCCUGUGCUAUGGGAUGGCUGUGGUGCUGAUCCUGGCCUGUGGGAUCGGGGGCAUCAUCCUGCUUUACAGCACUAGCAGCCGGUCUGGAGAGUGGCGGCUGGCCGUGGGCACCACGCUCUGCCUCCUGGCCCUGCUCGUGCUGCUGAAGCAGCUGCUGAGCUCCGCAAUCCAGGACAUGAACUGCAUCCGCAGCCGGGAUCAGAUCGAGCUCCUGAAGAGCGGGGGCUUCUCGGACUGCCUGGUGCUGCUGCUCAGCGCCCUGGUGCUGCUGGUCUGCGGGGUCGUGCUCACCAUCCUCUCCACCACGACCAUGCAGCUCAGCCCCGCGCGGCCGCUGGCCAGCAUGUUCACCAGCGGGGUCAUCCUCCUGACUGCUGGCAGCGCCAUCCUGCUCUGCCUGCUGCUCUACCUGCUCUGCACCUCCUGCCGCCGGGCCGCUCCUCGGAGCCUGGAGACCGGCGAGAUCCGCGUCUUCACCAUCUCCGGCCGCCUCGCUGGGAGCAGGCGGCUGCCUCCCACCUCCAGCAUGGCCAACCUGAUCUGACCCAGGACACCUCUGCGUGAGCCUCGGUGGAUACGACCUGUCAGUGCUGGCCUUUCCUGAAGGAAGGGCGAGAGCUGUGAUGUGCCUUGUGCUUCUGCCAGGGAUGACUGGCAUUUGCUUUGCUGAUGGCACAGCAGAGACUUGGGGUGCCUGGACGGGCUCUGGGACCUGCUGUGUUGGGCGUGCAGUGCUGGCCUGGUUGGUGUUUUAUCUCCUCAAACCUCCUGUGACAGCUGCUCCUGCCCGGCUGUGACCCGUGUCACAGAGUGAAGGUGAGCCUGUCCUGUACCCCUGGGGACCCCAGUACUAGCUUGGUUCCUGCAGGUCCUGGAACUGUCACACGCUCUCCUGGCAGGAGAGGCUGUGAUUGUGGGUGGUAUAAAACCACCCUGUGCUCUGUGCAGGGCCUCCAGCUCCUGAGCGAAGUAGAGCCUCCAGCAGCUGGUGAAUGGCAGGAAAUACUCUGUGUCAGCAGGCAUGAGGCACAGGCAAAGGGAGCCUGGUGGGAGGUAUGGCUGCAGGGCCUGCUCCCAAGAAAGCACCUGUGUGUCUGUGGGAGUGAGUGUGGGAUUUGUAUGGGAUUCUUUGUGCCAGAGCCACAGCAUGGCUGGACCUCACAUGAAAUUCUGUUUGUGUUUGCAAUGCCAGGAUCUCUUCCACCUGUGGCUUAUCAAAGGGGUGAUCAAGGGGUGUCAGGGCCCUGACAGGCUACCCAUGCUGGACUGUGUGUUGGGGCUCUGUUAUCACACCAGCAUCAGCCACGUGAGCCACAAACAGCAAGGUGCAGUGGCUGGGGGAUGGUGAUGGAAUGCCUGAAUCCCAGGGCUGGAGCUCUCUGCAAGAGUGGUGUGAGAGGCUGUGCCCUCCCACUGCAGUUUCCCAAGCAGAUACACCUCUGUUGCCAGGAGCCCUGCAGCUCAUCCCAGUCCCUGCCUGUUUCUAUGCUGUUUCUGUCUACCAAGUGCUGCAGCUCCUGCAGGGCAAAAAAGUUUUUCUGCUGUCACUUGGGCCUUACCUGGAGUUUUUUUGGUGUUUUAUCUCUAUAAGGUGUCUAUCUCCAAGGUGUCCUUUCCAGAGGCAGACUAACAAUUCACCCCAGGAGCUUUUCCUGUGAUUUGAGACUAAUUUACCUGUCAAAAUUCUCAUUUCCUUCAGAGACCUACUAACCCAUUUCUUGCCCUUUCCAUUGACAUAUAUCCUAACCUCCAAGCAAAGCUGCUCCUGCAAAACCUUCUCUUCAUCUUCCUGUCUGCUCCCAUCUCCCCCUCAUCUGAGCUGCUCUGCCCCAGAUGUUGGUUUUGCUCAUUAUUUGCCAAGUUUCCUCUGCAAUGGCACAAGACUGAGCUAUUACUUUUUAGUGCUUGGUAGCAAAUUUAUUUGGAAGAGGAUGGUAGCUCAUUCCUUUACUAAAAGCACAAAUCACUGUCUCCACACUUGGAGGCAGUGUCAGAGUUCACCAUUGGUGAGCCCCACAAGGUAUAUGCUGGACAAUGAAGGCUUCAUCCUUUCACAGCUCCAGACCCGAUGCAGUGAGAUCAUAUGAGGGCGCAUCUGUAUUCAUCUGCUCUUGCCCUGCUCCUGCUGGCUUUCCUUCCCUUGAAGCCUUGGAUUGUUUUUCCCCAAAAUAUGGAUACAUCAUUUGGGCUUUUCUUUCUGUAUCUCUAUUAUUUCUACAUUUUCCUCUGCCCCUUUCUCUUCAUCUGUAGAUUUUAUUAAACUGCUGUUUCCUCUUCUCUCUGCAUCUCCUCCCUUAACCUGUCCAAGAGCUCAGAGGGUGUAACAGAGCUCAGAUCUUUCUGUGCUAAAUCUCUUCAAAGCAAAGAGCUGUCCUUCCCCUCUGGGCUGUUUGGCCCCAGGUCCAGCAGGGACCACUGUGCAUACACAGGGAGGGACAGGCCAGAGCCGGACAGUUCUGCACCACCACCACUGCUGGUGCUCUGCACGUCUGUGUCAGUGCCUGUGCAGUUGUGCCAGGCUGCACCCCCUCUGCCUGCAUCAGUGCUCCAGCAGUUAUUUCCCGCUCCCCCAACCCGCACGUGUGGACAGGCCACAGCUGCCUCUGCCCCAAUGUGCAGCUGUUUUGCACAUCUGGGCAUUUCUGUGAAGAUGCGUGGCUGUGCCCAGCUCGCAGCUCCGCGCUGCCUGCGUGUCACUGUGAAUCCUCCUCCCCUCCAGAGCCCCUUCAAAAUGUGCCCCAAGUGCCUGUGAAUUGUGCCAGACAAGGGUGAUCAUGGGCCGUGUCAGCAACCCAAGGAGAGAAUGGCUGAGAACAGACUGUGCCUGAAGAUGAUGGUUUGGGUGUCCGGUGCCCAGAGGGACAGCCUGUGCUGCCCCAGUCACUGACUCACCUCUGCAGCAGGGGUACUGGUUUGUGUCUUCCUCAGUUCCUGUAUUGUGUGCGGAAAUACAUAAUAAAGUGUUAGAGAAGCUGA